GAUUUCAAAGACAUAUAAUAAAAUUACGCAAUAAAUUUUUGCAGGUUGACAGAAUUGUUGAACAACUGGCACAGUACAUAUCUGCCUAUGACCUUCUCGCCUUACGCGAAUUAUGGCAGCACCUCGAUCAGAAAAUGUUUUCCAAACUGGAACAUCAUUUUUCGCCAGCUGUUAAAAAAAUGGAGAAUGCUGUACUGAAAUUGUACCUUGUGAAUGCUGUCACUAAUAACAAACCUGAGAAAGUUACGGACUUUUUCGCGAAAAUGACUCCUGAACUCAGUAGUCAGUCUGAGUGGAAAGAAUGGUUUAUGUUGCCAUUCAUUAAAUGUCCAGAGGAAAACCCCACCUUUGCUGUUCAUUUUACACGCCAGUGGCAGGAUACUCUCUUUGUAUCCUUACACAAUUUCCUUGCAAUGAUUUUUCAGUGUAUGCCCCUUCCUACACUUGCAAACUACGAAGAGGAUGCUGCUAGAAUGCGUCGUCUGCAGGAAGAAAAUGACAUGCUGAGACAUAAACUUGCACAGAUUGAUAACACAAAAGCCACCCCAUCAGAUGGGCCAUCACUGAUAGAAGGAGUACAGCCUACAGAACUCAUGGAUGAUUUUUACAUCAUUGCACAAGAAACACUGAACUCAGGAGAGAGUCAAAGUAAAACUCUUAAGAAUCUUAUUCGCAAUAUUGGAAGUGGUUUGCCUGCAAGUCCAAUUCUGAACAGAAAGAGUUCCCAGGCAGGUACAUAUAAUAUAUUGUUUUAAUGACAGUGCAAGUAG